UUUUUGUUAAAUUUUAAAUUCUUCUCUUGACAAUUUUGUCGUUUGGUUUCAAAUUUCUACAAAAAGAUGAACUCAAGCCUGAAUAACAGCAUGGAUACUGUUGAGAAAACCGGUGGAAUAGCCUUUGAAUUAAUCUUGAAGGAGGCCAACAACAAGGAGAACUCACCUGCUCUCCUUAGAAAUAUUUCCUCCCCAAUGAGGUCGGCCUUCUUGUCUAAUGAACUAAUUGAAAAAAAACUCCUAGAAGCCCAGGAGCGUAGACAUUCCUUAGAAGUGAGCAAACAGCGAAACUGGCUGAAGGAGAAGAACAAGAUAACGGAGGCCAGUUUGAGAGUUCAAGAGGUCAAUGACUCCUUCUCAAAGGAAACUGAGAAGAAGUUGCAGAAAAGAAUGGACGCUCAGAAAGAGAAAAAGGAUGCACACAUGAAGGCUCUUAUGGAUAGAUUGACUCAGCAUGCCCAAAAAGUUGAUGAAAUUCGUAAGAUGAGUGACCAAUACAGCUUGGAGUUGAAGGAAAGAAUUGAACGAAAGAUGGAAACAACUGGAGGAAAGAGAGAAGCUCAACUAGCUGCCAUCCAAGAACGAUUGAGAGAGCAUAAAAAGCAUGUAGAUGAGGUGAUAGAAAGUAAUGCUACGUUCAGCAAGCAGACGAAAGAGAAGAUGAUCUCAAAGAUGGAAAACAGUUUGAAGAAUAGAGAGAAGCAGCUGAAUCAAUUGAUGGAUCGUAUCAGGAAUCAUAACACAAGGGCUGAACAGGUCUGCAAGAGCAGGAGCAAUCAGAGUGUGAUGGGUGUGACGACUCUGGAUGAUUCCAUCUCGGCUUGCAAUCUAUCCACUCUUAAUAUGAAUGAUUGAUCGGUUGACUAAUUGAUUGUGUAGUGGAAUUCACUGAUUGAUUGGCUGGGCUUGUUGAUUGACUGAUUGGUUGACUGAUUGGCUUACUGACUGAGAGAUUUAUUGGCAGGUCUGUUGGCCAUAUGAUUGAUUGAUUGAUUGACCAUUUCAUUGAUAAUUUUACUGGUUGGUUGCUUUGUUAAGUUUGUCAAUUUUUGUUUUUUCAUUUUGAUCUUAAUUAAUUGUUAACGUGUUGGUCUCUUUUUUUUGGUUUUAUUUCUUCUUUGGACAGUUACUAUUAUCUGAAUAUAUCAGUCUCGUCUAUCCUGUGCAUGUAUAUGAUUUUUAUUUUGCAUUUCAGUUGUGUGUGUGUGUGUGUGUUGUGAGUUGAAUUAAUGUGAGUUGUAUUCAUCCAUCUAUCUUAUUUUUUCUAUGAAACAAUUUUCAUCGACAUUUCCAUCUAUUCAGCCAUAUUGAAGUAACUGAGUUUUUAACUUUAUAACUAUUGAUCUUAUUAUCAUUUUAUGAUAUUAUCAUUCAUUUUAGUCGUUAUUUUAUCGGUUUAUUCGUUCAGAUAAACUGUCGCUUUCAUUCCAAGGAUUUUACAGUUUUUUUAUAUAUAUUUUCACCUUUCAAUAAUUUUUUAAACUAGUGGGGCUUAUGGUAUUUCCACACACACAUGCAUACAUUCAUACAUAUAUAUACACGCUGUACAUCUGUCCCGAGCAGAGAAGAUAUUUUCAACAAACAAUUUCCAGAAAAUUCUGGUAAGGGAGAUUGAAAAAGACAAACUUUAAAUUGAUUAAUGACAGCACAUUAUUAGAGUACAUACAAUGUAGAGAAGAAUUUUCUAAGCCGCGGCCGGCCGUCUUAAUCUCAUGCUUAAAAUUAGAAGAUAGCAAUACAAGAGAGCAAUUUAUUUACAAUAUAAUUAUAAUCAGAAGAAUUAUAAAAGAAUUAUUUAAUAAUUGAAAUAACAUCGGACAGAACAACGAGCACAAAAUGAACGACGAUGAGGAACUCAAACAAGCUAUUUAUUUAUUUAAUAUUUAUGAAGAUGUUAUGUUAAUGUUGGUUGUCAAGGAUAAACUGAUAUUAGCUAGUUAUAUAUUUGAUUUCACUUUUUGGGGAAUUUUUUGGUUUUUUAAUCACCUCUCCCUCUCUCUAUAUAUAUAUACAUUCUAUUUACACCAUAUUAAUGUACGGUUCGUUUGGACAUGCAUUGAAGAUAUGAGAUGUGUUGAUGACUGAA